AUGCGUUACACAGGAUCCUGCUACUGCCGCGCCAUCAAAUAUACUUUCAACGUCGAACCAUCCGAAGCCAGAACAUCUUUAUGUCAUUGUCACAAUUGUAAGAAAUUCUUUGGCACAAACUACGGCCUGACGACUAAAAUCCCCGCCUCAUCAUUCAAAAUUACAGAGGGCAAGCCCAAGGUCCACGAAGCGGAUAAUGGAUCUGGAAGUUUAUUGCAUAGGGAAUUUUGCGGUGUGUGUGGAGGAGGAAUUUUGGAGUAUGGGGAGCAAGCUAAGGAGCAUUUCAGAUAUGUGAUGUAUGGAACUAUUGAUAAGCCGGAGGGUCUAGAUCCAAAAGGAGAAUUCUUCUGCAAGUAUAGGGAAAAGUGGAUGCCGGAGAUUGAGGGAAUCUUUCAUAAGCAGGAACUCAAAGAAUGA